GUUUUUGAAGCAUGUGAUGAAGAUAACAAAGGCUAUUUAAGCAGAGAGGAAUUUAAAGUUGCCGUAGUAAUGUUUGGUUAAGAACCCUCAAAGGUGGAGGUGGAUUCAGUAAUGUCUUCUGUGAGACCAUGAAAUUCAGGUCUAUCAUUUGAAAAGUUUUUAAAUCUCAUGAGUGCAAAGAAGGCUGCACAGUUAUACAGUAAUGAAACAAGGCAAAUAUUUACAGCUUUUGAUGUGCAAGAUAGAGGAUUUUUGACUUCUGAAGACUUCAAGAAAGCCUUCAAUUCUGUUUCUCCUAAAUUAUCUGAAAGAAUCAUAGUUGAAGUCUUCAGAGAAGUUGAUCAGGAUUCUGAUGGCCACAUCAGCUUCAAAGAGUUUGAAUCUGCAACGAAGUACGGACAAGAUGAAGUAUCACCAGUGUACUUUGCCUAAAGAAUAUUCUGUGGUGAAAAGACAAAGUGAAAACGUCAGAUCUCAAGAUAUUCAAAAAUCAAUGAAACGUCAUUUGUUUCAGCCAGCAUUUUAAGAACUUUGACUGUAAGUGUAGCUCUGAAGAACGGCCUUUGAAGCUUUACUGUUGACAAGUUGGGUGUAUUAAUUUACAUGUGUAUGUGUGCGUAGAAUACUUAAAAUAUUUGAAAUCUCAAUUGAUUCCAAAUCACCCUAGUUAGGAACUGCAACUCUGUACUUUUUCUUUUUGACUUAACAGAUGAAAAAGGAGCAACUCUGAUUUCUAGUUACUGUGGAACUUAUUUGUUCACUUUUUCAACAGCCCUUUGUUAACAGACCAAAAUAUCUCACACAUAUAGAAACUGAUAAAUUUAUGGCAGAUAAUGCCUGUUUUUUAAAAAUCAGUAGUAUAAUUGUCUUUAUUUUCACUUUCAUAUAUUGUUCUUUUUUAUGUAUUACACAUUAUUUUUAAUUUAAC